AGAUUAUGAGGCAAAAUGUGGUUUAAAGAAGUUUUUAAAAUGUCGCUCAGACGGGAAUCUGGUGCAUUUAUCUGGAACUAUUAUGUGGAGGAAUAAACAUUCAGCAUAAAUGUGGAAAGUGGAAGUGACUCAAAGUAACAGUGUGACUCAUUUGUGUGUUUUUGGAGAUAAUGAAGUUUCAUGAGCUGGAUUUUAUUAUCGUCGGUUUUAAUCUGUAAAGCUAAUCCCUAAAGGUACAGGGACGCAAAUCCAUCCAGAAACAACACAAACAAAUUCCUCCGGCUCAACUGUUUGGCCAUUGUUAUCGAAUUAAUAAUGAAACGGUGUGAAACAUGUUUAUUGUGUUUUAUUUGUACUCCCACAAACCGAAACAUUACAGAUGCAAGGAGUCGUAUUUUGUGAGAUUGAGAAUCCCCCAUGAGCCAAAUUGGUAAAACUUGGUCGCCUGUUCGAUGCUCUGAACUAACUCCUGCGUUUGCUCCCUGCAGCUCCAGAAUGUUGCGGCUGCUCCACGGACACCGAAGUAGCAAAUCCCGCCUGGUCACCAAGGACGGGCGCUGCAACAUUGAGUUCGGCAACAUCGAGUACGGCAACCACUUUGCGUACCUGGUGGACUUCUGGACCACCUUCGUGGAGAUCCGCUGGCGCUUCGUCUUCCUCCUGUUCGUGGCCUCCUUCAUAGGGAGCUGGUUCAUCUUCAGCCUGCUGUGGUACUGGAUCGCACAGAGCAACGGGGACCUGACCGGACAGAACAGCACAGACGGGCACGUGAGGUGCAUAGACAAUGUUAACGGGCUCACCACGGCGUUCCUCUACUCCCUGGAGACCCAAACCACCAUAGGGUACGGUGGCAGGGCGCUGACGGGUCACUGUGCCGGCGCGGUGGCUCUGAUUGUCGCCCAGUCUCUAAUCGGAGUCUUCAUCAACUGCUUCAUGUGCGGCGUCAUCUUGGCCAAGAUCUCGUCGCCCAAAAAACGGGCCAAGACGGUGACCUUCAGCAAAACAGCCGUCAUCUGCCUGAAGAAAGGAAGUCUGUGCCUCCUGAUCCGAGUGGCCAACCUGAGGAAGACCUUGUUAAUCGGCAGCCAGAUCUACGGCAAGCUGCUGAGGACCACGACCACGCCGGACGGAGAGACCAUCAUUCUGGACCAGGUGGACAUCGACUUCAUGGUGGACGCUGGAAAGGACAACUUGUUUUUCGUUUGCCCUCUGACCCUCUACCACAUGAUCAACGUGUCGAGUCCCUUCUACGAGCUCUCAGCCGACACCCUCCCCCUGCAGGACUUCGAGCUGGUGGUGUUCCUGGACGGCACGGCCGAGUCCACCAGCUCCUCCUGCCAAGUCCGGACCUCCUACAUCCCGCAGGAGAUCCAGUGGGGGUACAGCUUCCUGCCCAUCAUCUCCCGCACCAAGACCGGAAAGUACCACGUGGAUUUCUCAAACUUUUCCAAGAGCGUCCGGGUGACCACGCCGCACUGCGUCAACUGCUUCGAGAGCGACGUGGACCCGAGGAACAGCAACAGCCACAGCCAGCAGAAGGGCGGCAUCGACAACCUGGGCUUUCAGGUGAUCGACCUCAACGACUUUGUGGACAUCACGAAAAUGUGAAGGAAGCGGGAAAGUUUCACAGUUGGUUAAACCGCGUUGGGAGGAAACGAUUCAAAGAGUUCUUCAGAAUCACUGUCGACUCUUUUUGCCUCGAACGGCAUAAAAAACAUUUAAGGCUGUUUAAUCGUGUGGAAUAAAAAAGAAAUUAAGACGUGAGCGAGAGCUAAUCUGCUCAUUUCAAUCAAAGCAUCUUUGUGGACUUGUGACUGUGUGAAGGUAACAUGUGGAAGC